UUACCGUUACGUGUCAGAAACUGCGGGUCUACAGGAACCGUCGUCGUCGAUCCAAAAUUCGAAAUACAGAUAGUUUCGAUAGCAGAGCGUAGAGCAGAGAACAGAGCAGGAUUGCCGUGUCGCACAAGCACAACAAAAACGUUGGUGGUAUUCAUCAUGGAUUUAAACUUAGAUAUUGGUGAUGCAAAUACAGCAUUUCGCAAGCCUUCAACUGAUACAGCCAACCGGAAGUAUCGCCGCCGUUCUCCGCUUAGCGGCUCAUCUCCCUCCAAUGAUUUGACUAGUUGGACAUUUGGAGCAGAAGAAGAUAAUGAAGCAAUCUUCUAGCAACUGUCAAAAUAUAGGGUUUUGAAUUCUGUUUUCCAUUUAUGCGUUACAUAAAUGAGUCUUGCUUCUGCUGCAUGAUUUUUCAGCUAGGCCACAGUUUGGCAGUGGCAUCGCACAGUGAUUAUAUUUUCUAGCUGUGUUGUAUUUGUUAUAAUGAUAUAUCUAUGGCGAAACUGUUUCAUCAAGAGGUUUCGAUUGGAUUUUUGUGCGGCUUCAGCUAUCCAGAGGACUGCCUUGAUAUCAACUUAUGACAGGGAAUCAGCUUCAAAUAGGACAUUUCCAAAGCCCGUCCUAUCAAGUGUAUACUAUGAGCAGCACCAAAUUUCAUCUACCCGAUAUUUUUGUUCUUGUGCUCAGUCUGUAAGGCUAUGUUGGGAAGGUUCUUCUCCUACAGUUCUGUUGAAAAGGCUCCAAAUAGCCUUGAAGGAACAUCAAGUAAAUGAAGCAUGGGAGUCCUUUAUUGAUUUUAAAAGGUUGCAUGGCUUUCCUGAGGUUUUCAUUGUCCGUAAGCUGAUAACUGAACUGUGCUAUUCAUCUGACCCUCACUGGCUGCUAAAAGCAUGUGAUGUAGCCUUGGAAGUUUUGAAAGAUCAAUCAGACUUACUGCAGUCUGAUAUCCUGCAAAAGCUCUCCCUCUCUUUAGCUCGGAGUCAAAUGCCAAAGCCUGCUACAAUGAUUCUUAGAAUAUUACUGGAGAAAGAUAAUUUGCCCCCCUUGAAUGCGUUAUGCUUGGUUGUUCUGCAUAUGGUAAAGACUGAGGUUGGGACGAACCUUGCAUCUAAUUUCUUAAUUCAGAUUUGUCAUCGUUUCCAACGUUUGAGUGUAAACAAGAGUGGUCAUGCAAAGCAGAUUCAACCUGAUACAAUGAUUUUCAACCUUGUCCUUGAUGCUUGCGUGAGGUUCAAAUUAUCUUUCAAAGGCCAACAGAUUUUGGAAUUGAUGCCUCAAACAGGAGUUGUUGCUGAUGCACACUCUGUUAUCAUUAUUUCCCAGAUCCAUGAGUUGAAUGGUCAGCGAGACGAGAUAAAAAAGUAUAAAAGUCAUAUUGAUCAAGUUUCAGUUGCUCUUCUGCAACAUUAUCGGCAGUUCUAUGAUAGUUUGUUGACCUUGCAUUUCAAGUUUAAUGACAUUGAGGCAGCCACUGAGCUUGUAUUACAAAUGUGUGACUACCAUGAGUCUCUUCCGGUUCAAAGAGACAGAAAGAACUCUCAUAAGUCUUAUAAUGUUCCAAUUGGAUCUCACAAUCUCAAGUCUGGGUUGCAGAUGCAGAUUUUACCCGAGCUGCUGCAGAAGGAUUCUGUGCUAAAAGUAGAGGGAAAACAUGAGCUUGUUAUUUAUUGGAAUGGGAAACUUGUCCUUAGUAAUAGGGCUCUGGCAAAGCUCGUAAAUGGAUACAGAAAGGGUGGAGAUACUUGCAAUCUUUCAAAAAUUCUACUAAAAAUGCAAAAGGAGUUAUGUUCCUCAAGAGGAUCUGGUUUGUGUUCUGAUGUGAUUGAUGCUUGCAUUCAUUUAGGUUGGCUAGAAACCGCCCAUGAUCUUUUGGAUGACCUAGAUGCAGCUGGGUCUCCCUUGGGCUUGACUCCCUUUAUGUCACUCUUGACAGCCUACUACAAAGAAAAGAUGUUUCUGGAAGCAAAGGCAUUGAUUAAACAAAUGAGGAAUGCUGGCCUGCUUGAAAAUUUAUCUGACGAGAUGGUUGUCUCCAAGUGCGGAUCAAUAGUGGAUUCCAGUGCCAUGUUUACAAAUGCUUCAAGCUCUACUGUUAAAUCAGAUCUGGCAAAUGCUUUGCUUCAGGAAAUGAGAGAUGAGAAGAAGGAAAUUCCGUCUACUGUUUAUCAGUUCAAUUCUUCCAUCAACUUUUUCUGCAAGGCCAAAAUGAUUGAUGAUGCUUUAAAGACGUACAGAAGAUUGCAUGAGAUGAAAAUUCAACCCACUGAGCAAACGUUUACCUAUCUGUUAUAUGGGUAUUAUUCUCUGGGAAUGUUUCGUGCUAUGACAAUCUUGUGGGGCGACAUUAAGAGGAAUAUCGAGAGUAGCAAUUUGGUGGUAAGCAGAGAUCUCUAUGAGUACUUGCUGUUGAACUUUAUUCGUGGUGGUUACUUUGAGAGAGUGAUGGAGGUCAUUGACUAUAUGAAGAAACGUGGUAUGUACACUGACAAAUGGUUGUAUAGAAGUGAGUUUGUAAAACUUCAUAAGAAUCUUUACAGGAAUUUAAAGGCAUCAGAAGCCAAAACUGAAGCUCAAAGAAAGAGGCUUAAGUAUGUAGAGGCAUUUAGAAAGUGGGCAGACAUUGACUGAAGUUCCAAGAGAAGUUUAAUAUGACCUGAGACUAUUUACUGCAACGUUCUUGCUGCUUGCCUUUGAAGGCUAAUGUCAAAUGGGUAGGAACUUCAUUUGGAUGUUGCUAGAAAAUAUAGGAGACCUAAGAAGUCAAUAUGAGGGUAAAUACAAUUCACUAUUGUAUCUGUAAGCGGAAAAAGAAAAGCCAUUUGUGGUGCAUUAUAUUUACCCUAAAACAAUUGCGUCAUACUCCGAGCUUCAUGUUUGAUGUUGAUGGUUUUGCAACAUCAAAGAUAUGGAAGUUGGAUUAUGCAAAACUGUUGCACUAUGUGAAAACUUUGAAUGAUGUCUUUUGGUCGUGCAAUGAGUUGUAUAACGAGAACUUAUCUAAAGAAAAUUUGUUUUGUCUACGAGAACAAUAAUUGGCAUCAGGACAUUACUGCUA